UUUCUCGGGUUAGAUUACGGUUGAACCGGUUGGACCAAUGAACCAGUAAACCAAUGAUUAGAGUUGUUCGAUGACCGGUUCGGUUUUCAGAACCUUGGAAAACCCCAUCCACCCCUCAAAUCAAAAUCUCAAAUCGGAAAAAAAAAAAAAGACGAUGAGUUCAAGCGAUAAUACGAACGCCAUUGCUGAAUGCACGAAGCAACUGAGGCGCCACGAAGUUGCCAUUGCUGAGCUCAACAACCUUCCCUCUUCCUCCGCUGUGUAUCAGAAAAAUUGCAACUUAUAUUUUCGCACAACCAUCCAGAAAGCAACAACAACUGAACAAAAGCAACUAGAUUCAGUCAAAGCCAAGCUAAGAAAUCUGAAUCCUUCUUCGUAGUCUUGAAGCCUAAUUCUUUCUUGGUAAGUAACACAACAAUUUCCUGACCUAUGAGGGAGGGCAAUAAUGUAAUUAGGGGACUAUGUUCCAACUUGGAAGUUUCUUCUUUGUCCAAUUGCUAUGUAACGUGAAAUGCAUUUUACUAGUGAUGUUUGUUCUACACUAAAUGAACUCUUUAAUUGAAAUUUAUCCCUUAUGAAUUUUGUUUCA